UCGCUCGGUGCGUGGUUACGUCGCGUCCCACUCUCAGUCUAUUCACCCAUUUGUUUCUACAUCCCAAUUAACAAAUAAACUAUUAUUUCAAUACCCCAAAAACAAACAUCCGUCUGAGCUCAUCCGUCCACCGACGACAUCCGCCCCCGCCCCUGUAAACUCACUUUUCUAAUAACCUCUAAUUUAAAAGAAUAAUGUGUUCACUCUUCACCUACGGAGGCUGACGAAAAAAAUAUUACAAAUUCCAAUCGUCUUCUCUCGGUGAAAUGACGAAUAGUGACGCCAGUCGCCACAAACAGUGUUAAUUCAUUCUAAUUAGUGAGUUCACAGUGCGAUCGAAAAAUCACCGAUUAUCGGUUUUUCCAGUUUUCUAACGUUUUUUCUAUUCUUACCCAACGAAAAACAAAACAACAAUCGUUGGCGCAGUGAUACAGUGGACGUAAUGCGAGUAAUGAGACUAAAUAGGUGACAAUUUCACUCGUAAAAAGUGAAAUGUCGAUUCGUGUGAGUGGUGGUGUUUACCUGGUGCCCGGGUUACAGGAGACUAAUGAAAAAUGUACCAAAACCAAUGAUAAUCAGUUGACUAAAACAGUGACUAUUGUUGCUGGACCACAGAGGAGCAAUAGUUUGGAUUAUUUGAAUUUCGAGGAGAAACGACAGUUAAUCGCCUCCUCAUUGUCACUCAGUGAUUUUCUUGCUCAUGGACCAGCGGCUGCUGCUGCUGCUGCCAAAGAAGUUGCUGCUAGUACAGUUGUCAUUGCAAAAAAACAAAAUGGCGCAGCCCUGCGAACGAAUAGCCUGGGUUCAGGUGCACGUACACCACCACUCGAACGAAAGAGUAAAUUCUCAGCACUCGGUAGAUUAUUCAAGCCCUGGAAGUGGAAACGAAAAAAGAAAUCGGAUAAGUUCGAGGCUGCUUCAAGAUCGUUGGAGAGAAAAAUUUCUGUCAGAGCGAAUCGAGAAGAGCUCGUGCAGAAGGGUAUCCUACUGCCAGAUAGUCCGACCUCACCCAUACCAGAGGAGGGUCCGACGAAUGACACGUACAAUCAGAAACCACCAACCCCUCAGCAACAUCAUCAUCAAUCAUCAACAGGCAAUCAAUUCACAAAUACAACACACAGCCAUCAACACCAUCAACAAAACACUGGAUUGUCAAACUCAACGACUGCCAAUUCACAUUCUACUGGAUCAACAAAUAAUCCAGCAUCAACGCAUCCAUCAAAUAUCUACUCGGGUGUACCAUCAGCUUAUCAGCUGAACGGCAGUACGCAAGAGCCGAAAAAGGAAAAGACUGAACAGAGUGCGAAUGGGGCAUUAUCUCCGAGUGGUGAGCUAUCAUCGAGUCAGGAUGUGGGAGGACAAUCGGGGGAUCAGAAGCCGAAUAGGCCAAGUACCCUCGAGGCAUCUAGAAUGCUCACCAGGCGGGUCUACAUGGUUCGAAUGGAAAAGGGAAUGUCGCAGCCGACAGCUGAGGAGCAGCAGGCGAUUGACAGGUACAUGUCACCGAUGCCACCCCACAAUACCCUGAUGCUCUCGGAGUUGCCGGAGCCACCGAUUCCAUUGAGUGAAAUCGGUCCCAUUCCACCACCUCCGAUGUUCAGCUCACCCUCACCAACAUUGCUAGCAAGACAGAGGCAGCAGCAAGCGCCACUAUCUGAUUGCGAGGAUGACGAUGACGACGAGGUGGACGUCGAGGACGACGACGUGGACCUCUACGAGAUUCGUUACUCCCAGCCCGAUCCAAGUAUCGACACAUCACGAGUCGAGGAGAUACCAGCCAAAGAGCCAAAAUUUCACGCAAUGCCCCUGAAGAGUGCACUGAAGAAAAAGGGCUCUGGAAGUGGUCCUGGCACACCCCAGAACACACCAACCCAGGAGAAUCGUCCUCUCACCCUUCGUCAGGAGCUCCACGCAUCGUUCAACAGUCGACCAGUGAGGUUCGGUCUCGCCCUACCCUGCACCUUAGAGAACAAGGAGAACGCCAGGCCCUACGUCAUCCGUGAGGAUUCUGAUGGCUCGGAUGAUGGUCAAGUGCUCUACAGGGACGACUACGAGGACGAAAAGAGCCGACUUCGAGCCAAGCUUGCACGCAAGGAGUCACUGUCACUGAAACUUGCACUGCGGCCAGACAGGCAGGAGCUCAUAAACCGUAAUAUUCUGCAAAUACAGUCUGACAAUGAGAGACAGGAGAGCAAGGAAGCCAUUGGUGCACGGCUCAUCAGGCGACUUAGCAUGCGACCGACCCAGGAGGAACUGGAGGAACGCAAUAUUUUGAAAAAACAAAGCCCAGCCGAGGAGAAGAAGCAGAAGGAGGAGAAGAAACGUUAUUUGCUUAGAAAAUUGAGUUUUCGGCCUACGGUUGAGGAGCUCAAGGAGAAGAAGAUCAUCAGAUUUAAUGAUUACAUCGAGGUGACUCAGGCCCACGAUUACGACAGGCGAGCUGAUAAGCCGUGGACUCGACUGACCCAGAAGGACAAGGCGGCCAUUCGGAAGGAACUCAACGAGUUCAAGAGCUCGGAAAUGGCUGUUCACGAAGACAGUCGACACCUUACUAGAUACCAUAGGCCAUGACAAUUGCAAUGUGUAGAGGUGUUAAAGUGUAGUGCAGUUAUCGUGGACGCGGUUAUUGUGGCGUAAUUGUGAAUCGUCAGUCAAAGGAGAUGAAAAAUCAGCUGAGAGCCUCGAUCUUCCUCGAUUAUCUCUGUUAGAGCAAUUGUUACCGUCUCCCGCACCGUCUGCGAUGAUGAUUAAUGAUGUGAUAGGGUGGUGAGUCCAUUAUAGCAUUGAUUUUGCGAGUUGAAUCAAAUUAUUGGGACUCUUUCCCCCCGAGACAAAAAACAAAUGAUAAUUCAUUGGCACAUUUUAGAGGUAUCAUCACGAAGGAAUCAUUCAUACGUUAAUUGACAAUUUUUAAUGACACAAAAAUACGGUGUGAAUUAUUUUUAAUCAUUCCAUUAUCUUUCGUUAUUAUUUUAAUUUUUUUUUUUGGAAUUCUCAUCGUCAAUUUUCGGGACAAAUGAUUGAAAGGUAUUCGUUAAUUCGUGGAAUUUUUGGUGAAAUGUUGAAUGUGUUUUAGUUGUUGAUGAUUAUUGAAAAUUGUCGUUGAUGAUUUUUUUAUUUGCGGUUAUUAUCUCGAUUUCUGGUGGCGUCUUCCAGGGAAAAUCAGGAUGAAGUGUUUCAUCGUUUUAUAUAGAACUGAACUGAACUAAUAAUUUUGUUGAGUAAUAAAUGACGAAAAUUAAUUCCCAAAAAUUGAAAACUCAUAUUUCAAUUAAUUUCACUCCUUUUAUUUAACAAUUUAAUAACUCAAGCACUGGAAAAUGAAUUGAACUCUGGAGUUUCCACUGAAAGCGAUGAAUAAAAAUUCUCAUUAAUUUUGGAAUCAAUUGAAACUAAAAUUAAUUAGUAAUGAACUAUCGAACGUGAUAAAACGAGGUCAGCACGUAACGAUGAAUAAACAAUGGAUAUUGUGCAAUUAAAUGAACAAAGACAAAGGUAAAUUACUCGUGAUUGUAAAAUCUAAUUGAAAAAAAAUACAAUUGUUACGUUAUUACGUUUUAGUUAAUUACUCGCAUGAAUCAAUGGCCGAUUGAAUUCCUCAAGCAAAUCAAUGACGAUUCAUUGACUUGAUUAUCACGACGAUAACAAUUACUAUAAUUUUCUAAACAAAUUGAAAAAUACUCAAAAUAAAUGAAUUUGUUUUAAUUAUGAAAAGGCUAUUGAGGUCUUUCGAUCAUUUGAGGUAUUAUCAAGUGACGAAAUAUUUGAGAACUGGAGUUGAAGUGAAUUUACCAAUUUUUAAAUAGAAAAAUAAUGAAUUUUGUGUUGAAUAAUGAAAACACAA